UCUCUUUCUUUCCGGUUGUCAAAAGUGCAGUGCAUCCCGAACCGCUAAACAAUGGCCGACGUUGAUGUUGAUGUUCCCUCCGCUGCCCCCGUCCUCGAUGGCGCCAUGGACAUUAACACCGCCCUGCAGGAGGUCCUGAAGAAGUCCCUGAUCGCCGAUGGACUCGUCCACGGCAUCCACCAGGCCUGCAAGGCCCUGGACAAGCGUCAGGCUGUCCUGUGCAUCCUGGCCGAGUCCUUCGACGAGCCCAACUACAAGAAGCUGGUCACCGCUCUGUGCAACGAGCACCAGAUCCCCCUGAUCCGCGUGGACUCGCACAAGAAGCUGGGCGAAUGGUCCGGUCUGUGCAAGAUCGACAAGGAGGGCAAGCCCCGCAAGGUGUGCGGCUGCUCCGUGGUCGUGAUCAAGGAUUUCGGUGAGGAGACACCCGCUUUGGACGUGGUUAAGGACCAUCUCAGGCAGAACAGCUAAACUGCUGUCCCCUGUCUGCUGAAUGAGAGACUACGUGAAAGUUUUUUUUAAGCUAUUCGCUAAUUGAAAAUAAAACGUAAUGCACCUGAAUCCAGAUGAAAAUAAAAGAAAGUUGACCUUUUUA